AUGGUGGAAAAAGACUACGCCUUGAGUUCUAUUAGUAUAGAAAUUCUUCGCUUGCUUUGGGAUUUAGCCGAUCAAACAAGGUUGGUCCCAACAUUGUUGAAAUGCGGUCUUGCUAAGAGAGUUAUCGGUUGGCUUGCUCAGUCAGCGAUGCUGACAGAUGAAAGUCGAAAGCCACUUAUAAGUAUCGUUCAUAAUAUUGCUCGACACGAUGAUGGAGUCGAUGAACUCAACAAACACGGAGCUAUUGAUGUUAUAGAAACAAUGGAUUCACGAAUUCUUGUUAUUUCAAUGACUUUAGCUUUUCUUUCUUCACCAGAACAACUAAAACGUGAUAAGAAAGGCAUGAAUGCGGUACUAAACCAAUUACUACAACUUGUUAUGGAUUCUGCCAAAAGUGAUCAAUAUCGAUAUGAUGGUUUCCAUGUUAGUGAACCACUUGAAGUCUUGAUAGAAACAAUGGAUUCACGAAUUCUUGUUAUUUCAAUGACGUUAGCUUUUCUUUCUUCACCAGAACAACUAAAACGUGAUAAGAAAGGCAUGAAUGCGGUACUAAACCAAUUAUUACAACUUGUUAUGGAUGCUGCCAAAAGUGAUCAAUAUCGACAUGAUGGUUUCCAUGUUAGUGAACCACUUGAAGUCUUGGUUAAAAUUAUAUCAUUUCAACCGAACUAUGCACAAGAAUUAGCUAAAGAUGAAAAACUUAUAGAAAUAAUUCAAAAAUUUGCCGAGAAUGAUAAAGACCAAGAUAUAAUCGAACAAUACAAGACGCGUUCCAUGGAAAGUAUCAAACAAGCAACUAAUGGUAUUCUACAUAAUGUCAAUCGAAAUUAUAGAAAUGAUGUAAAACCUAAUCAACAAGAGACUGUUCUCAAUGCUUCUGUAGUGAAUCCAGUUGAAUGGUAA